GCACCGCCGCCUCUACGACCGCAUUUCACGGACGACGAUCGAAGCGGCUACACGAUACAGAGUGUACACAGCGAGCGCACGCACGUCCACCUGAUUCUGACACAUUGAGCCGCGCGAGGGACAAACGAGUGAAAACAAAGUUGCACAGUGCGGACAUCGACCUGCGGACUUUCUUGAUUCUUUUCUACUAGCUCCAUCCAGUCCAAGUGGAAGGUACACCGAUACCGAUCGUCUCAGGGAGGGUUUCCAAAAUCCCUCCCAUCUACGAACGUCCAACAACCAGCAACAUUUCAGUUGAGGAAGGAGGUGUUCUUAACGUACCAAAAUCAUGCAACCGUCAGCAGCUUCCGUUAUCUGUUACUCGUGGCGUGAGAUCGCGGCCACUGGGAGAUGCCACCUCGAUGAAGGUGGAGACAGUUCCUCUGCUAAGCCCGACGAUGGAGUCCGAUCUUCUAAAGGAACCCUGGGUAUUCCCGCGCACAAAAGUAAACUAUACGAAAGAAGAGGACGUCGCGGCACUCUCCGCAUGGGAAGAACACUUUCAGGAUCUGAGCAGUUGGUGCAUGGACCCGUUCCAGGGUCAAUGCGAUUUUCAUAUAGGUGAAUCGACUACGUUUAAACUAUCAGGUACGAAAUACGAGGGUAACGGCGUUUUAAUUGCAGAAGAGGAAGGAUUGUUAAAAGAUUUGACGAAUACGACUGAUGAUGAGAAGUUGGAUUUGAAAAUGGAUACCGUUAAGACGACUAAAGAGUCAAGUGACAAUCGUCACUUGCUGCUAUCUCCAUCGGAACUCGCUAACGAAUACAAAUUAGGAUAUAAUAAUGAUAAGAAGAAUACAUCCAGCUCGUGGUUAAUGUCACUCGAAUCUACAGCUUCUAAGAGCACCUCCUCGAGCAAACAGCAUGACGCAGAUGUUAGUGUGUCAUUGGUAUCCAACGAUCACGAUUUUGAUUAUGCCAGCCCGACGUCGAUCGACAACGCCAUAAAUCAGCGCGAAACAUGGGACGAGCUACGCACGAUCGAGACAACUGGAUCAGACACUUUCGACUUACUAUCGUAUCUUUGGGAAGAUGAAAUGCGCGCAGUGGAAGGCAGUGUGUCUACAGAUUCCUCGACGAUAUUGAAAGUUAGACCAAUCGCAACGACAUCGUCGUCGACACUACCGUUUACCUCCACAAAAAUAAAGACGGAGGAGAUUAAUGAACUAACGCCACCUUUGACGCGUAGAAGAAUGGAGACCCGCGCGUCGUCGACGAUAACUUCGUCCACGACAAAGUCUCCCGUAACGUCGUCUCGUAGAUCCGAGAGGACGAGAAUAGUGGCGACUAGAAGCAAAGAAAGGGAAAGAGUUACCGUCACCAAUACAAAGGCAAAGGAUAAAAAUGGAAGGAAGAAAUAUUACGAGAGCGAUUCCGAUGAUGACAUCGCCCUCGUCCAAUAUCGAGAAUGCCGUGAAAAGAACAACGAAGCAUCGCGAAGAUCGCGGAUGAACAAGAAAGCGAAGGAAUCUGAAAUGUCCGUGAGAGCGACCGAGCUGGAGAGAGACAACAAGAUACUGAAGAUGAAGGUCGAGGAAUUGGAGAAGCUGGUGACGUCGAUGCGCAAUGCGUUAUUACGAUCUGCUUUAAAGAAGGAAUUUUAAGUAUGCGUUAUUUAAUAUCUAGACGUUCUCACGACCAGUCGCGCAUAAUCUAAUAAACCAUAUUUGUUGCAUCUUUCCGUUAUGUCAUGCAUGCGUCCAUUAUUACGCGAUGUCUUUUAGCACGAAGAGAGUUAUGUGAACUUUAACGUUGAACUUAUUUGCCUUAAUUGUCUUAAUGUGGGAUUAAAAGCGUUCUCAAAGGCUUAUUAUUAUCGUUACUUUCAUGUUGUUUUAUUCGAGAGACGUGUUUUUAUUGAUCUCGUCUCGCAAGUAUUCUAUAUCGUUACGCAAUUUUAUUGCCCCGAUUAAACGCGGAUUAGCGAUAGACUAAUUGUACGCUGCUGCAAUGCGUGUUAAAAAUGUUUAAAAAAAAAAAAAUGCGAAGUUGAACUUGCUGUAUAUCGGUACGCUGAAAUAUUAUAUAUUAAAAGUUUAUUUUGUUAUAACGAGAGGGAAGGAGAGAUUAGAAACACCGAAAUUAGAAUAUAUUUUGCGUAAUAAAUACAUACACACAAUCAUACAUGCACACAUACACACGGAACGAAUUACCUCUUAGAAUUUACCCUAAAAAUCACGGUAGUCGUGAUGCAACAUGAACUUCGAAGAAUUUCAUUGUACUUUCGGUAAAAUUUAAACAAAUUAUUUUAUACUAUAAAAUAAUUUGGACAGAUUUUAUUGAAAUUUCUUAAAUUUUAUUAAAAUUAUAGUAAAAUCCUUUGAAAAAUCACGUUGUAUGAGUACCAUGAUUUUGAGAGGGUAAAUGCUAAGGGAAAUUCUCACCGUGCAUAUACACAUAUAUAUAUCCUAUAAGUUACUUUGUGUAUAAGACAUACGACACGAACGAGCAGAUGACACACACUAUUUUAAAUGAUAGUACCGUUAUCGAGAUUUUUAUCGAGAUAAUAAAAUCACACGAUUAUAUAUUUUCUUCAGCCUUGUAUUGUACCUGAUACGAAAAAGAACAAAAAAAAGAGCAUGCAUGUAGAAUUCUAUCGCAGAGAAAAGUGUGUAUAAUUGGUAAUGCACAAUUUUCUACUACUUGGUGUGGAUUCAACGAUAUUGCGAGUUGUAAACGACUACAUUGUAAAAUCCAAAUCCAAUAAAAAUCUUUAUUUUGAAAAAUCAA